ACGCGUCUUUUGCAGCAUCUGCGUCCAUGGGGGCUGGGUUGAGGGAGGCUUAAAAACAAGGCUGUUUAGUUCGAAUAAAGUUAUUCGACUGCAGUUUACUGACUGCGUGAGCACACCGCUACAACGUGUUUUUAUCGCUAUUAAUAUACGUCACCACUGCCAAUACCUGACACCCGCCAGUGCGCGAUUUCUUUAAUUUUUCGAUCCAAGGUAAGCCAACUAUGGAGAAUUCUAAAAAAAGAAAAGUGACUGAAGAAAACAGAACGUUUAAUGAUACGUGGACAGAUUCAUUUGCUUUCACUGUUGACGAGACUGGUUUACCGGUAUGCUUAAUAUGCAAUGAGAAACUAGCAAACAACAAAAAGUCAAAUGUCGCAAGGCAUUUCCACAAUAAACACGCAGCCUUUGCUCAAAAAUAUCCGGAUGGAGAUGAGAGAAAAAAAGCCGUUUCGGAACUGAUGCGGAAGGUUGAUCUGAGCAAAAAUCAUUUCCAGAAAUGGAUGAAGUCUGGAAAAUCAACGACAUACGCCAGUUAUAUUGCCGCUCAGGAAAUAGUCAGGCACGGGAAGCAGUUUACAGAUGGUGAAUAUAUAAAAGAAUCUUUCAUUAAGAUUUCAGAACAUCUAUUCACGGACUUUAAAAACAAGAGUGAAAUUGUGCAGAAAAUCAGGGAUAUGCCCCUCUCUGCAAAGACUGUCAAAGACAGAACCAUAAAAAUGGCAGAAGACAUCACAAGACAGAACCAUAAAAAUGGCAGAAGACAUCACAAGACAGCAAAUUAAAGACAUCAAUUCAGCUGUGGCCUACUCAAUUGCCUGUGACGAGUCUAAAGACAAAGGUGAUAUUGAACAAAUAGCGUUGUUCUGCCGGUAUGUAAACUCUGCCGGGCCACAGGAAGAACUGAUUGAGUUGACACCUCUAAAAGACCAAACACGGGGGGAGGACAUCUGUGAGGCUGUCUUGAAUUGUUUAAGAGCCAAAGGAAUAAAGACCACCCAUCUGGUGUCAGUAGCUACUGAUGGGGCACCGAAUAUGACGGGAACGCACAAGGGAUUUGUGGCUUUACUGCAGAAGUCGCUGGACAGAAAGCUGCUGACUUUUCACUGCAUCUUGCACCAAGAGGCACUGUGCGCUCAAACAUUUCCUCCGGAAUGCACAGAAGUAAUGGAUGUUGUCAUUCAGAUUGUCAAUAAAAUAAUGGCAAAAAGUUUAAAUCACCGUCAAUUCCGUUUGUUACUGGACGAGCUGGAAAGCGCAUAUUCUGAUCUCCUGCUGCACAACAAAGUCCGGUGGCUGUCCAAAGGGGAGGUGCUGAAACGCUUUGUCGCGUGUCUGGAAGAAGUGAAAACUUUCCUGGGCAGCAAAGGGCUCACCUUUCCUGAGCUGGAACAGCCAGAGUGGCUGGAAAAGCUACACUUCAUGGUAGACAUGACAGCGCACCUGAACACGCUGAACACAGCUCUUCAGGGGAAAGGACGCACAGCCCUGCACAUGUUGGAGGAUGUCUUGGCAUUCGAGCGCAAGUUGACAGUGCUUGCCAGAGAUUUACAGAAAGGCACUUUGUCUCACUUCCCCAAUUUGAGAGAGUUCAAAUAAGGUCACGACAUGAUAAUUUCAGAGUAUUUACAUUCUGCAAUCAUCGCAAUGCAAACAUCGUUUGGGAAACGCUUCUGUGAGUUCAGAGAGGAAAAAAACACAUUAUCCUUCCCGGUCACUCCCUUAAGCAUCGAUCCUUCCCUACUGAAUACGACUGCAUUGGCAGGUGUGAGUCAACCUGAUCUUGAGAUGGAACUGGCCGACAUAGCCGACAAAGACAUAUGCGUGUCCAAGUUUAGACGCUUGACAGCAGACCUUGAAGAUGUUGCCCGUCAGAAGGCCGUUCUUGCUCAGAAUCACAAAUGGAGUGAUAUUGAAAACCUUCUAAAACCGGACAAACUUGUGUUCGAAACAUGGAAUGCUAUGCCCGACAUUUAUGUAAACAUGAAAAAGUAUGCGCUUGGAGUCCUGUCGAUCUUUGGAUCCACAUAUGUAUGUGAGCAGGUGUUCUCCAACAUGAACUUUAUUAAAAACAAACAUCGCGCACGCCUCACAGAUGACAGCUUGCGAUCCUGUGUAAAGAUGAAGGUGACGUCAUACAGCCCUGAUGUGCAGACGCUGUGCGCUGAGGUCCAGGAGCAGAAAUCCCAUUAACCAAGCUGACAGCUGGCUGAUGUUAUUUUUGGUUUGCUGCUGGCGGAAAAUUUAAGUUCGGCGUUUUUCAUAAAUACAAGAAGGACUCAAAUAGACAUUGAGUAUUUUACUUAAAAGUAACUUUCAACCCAACGUCUUUUUUUUCGGAGUUCAAAAUGUUUUUGUUGCAUGCAGAAAUGUAAUUUCGUUUUCUCUGCAGGAGUUCAUCAAUUUCAUAAAUGCAACACAUUAUAGUUUGUUUAUACAUAGCAUAAAGGCAAAAAAAAACGUUGUAUGCAGUGUUAUUUCAUUUUAAAUGUCAAACGGGUUUUGCGGCUCCCAGUGUUUUCUUUUCUGUGG